GAAAGUGAAAUCAGGCUUUGCGACACUGUUAGCUUCUUUUUACCAUAAGCUACCUGUUACUUUAAUACCUGUUUACAUCUUUUUUUUUUUUUUAUCAAUCUUCUGUUUUUUGCUUUUCUAAAUCAUUCUUGUAUUGUUCGUUAUCAUCUUUUGUUUUAUCGUCUACUUAUGCAGGUGUUCCUUCGCUUGGUUCUCUUGGUGUGGAAGUGGCUUUUCAAGUGGAUGAUCUGAUUGAUUACUAUGGAGAACUUGUUCAAUCUCUUCAAAGAAUUGUAGUUGCUUGUUUGUACAUAACUGAAUUUGAUAAUGAAAUUUGUCAAUUUUGAAUUAUAAUGUAUCCCAACCAUAGCAAAAAAAAAAACAGAGACCAGGUCCAUAAUGUAUCCCAACUUGUUCACAAUGGGAUGGUAAGAUAAUUCCAGAGUAAAGAAACCAGUUGUGUGUAAAGGAGGGUGUGUCUCGGAGAAACUUAAACGGUUGUAACCCUAAGAAAUUGCUGAGACGUUGUAGAGAUUGUCACACCACCGAGAGCUCUUGUUGCAGUGUUCUUCUUCUUCUUCUCCUUGUCAUCUCUGUUUCGAAGAUGAUGAAAUCAUUACCACCCAUGUCGAUUGAGCUCAUCCUGGAGAUAAUCUCGAGAUUGCCUGGAGAUGCAGUCGCGAGGUUUCGUUGCGUGUCGAAGCAAUGGGCAUCAACGCUCGCUACUCCGUAUUUCAAAGAGCUGUUCAUGAACAAGUCCUCGUCUAAGCCGCGGCUCUUAUUCGCCAUCGCAGACGACGGAAACCCCAAAGGCCGUGGCGAGUGGUGCUUCUUCUCCUCGCCUCAGCUUGAGGAUCCUUAUGAGAAAUCAUCCUCCUCGGCUCUUGUAUCAGCCGCCGAGUUUCACGUGAAGAAGUUCUCUCCAAAGGAUAUAAAUAUCCAUCAUUACAGUAACAUCAUGCACUUCUCAUGUGUCUACAACUCUGGCUUGAUCUAUUUCCAUGGUUGUCGAUACCAAGGUAAACCUGUCAUCUGUAACCCAAACACUGGACGGUACGCGGUCUUACCUAAGCGGUAUACUUACAGAAAAGCCUAUAGCUUUUUUGGUUUUGAUCCGAUUGGGAAGCAGUACAAGGUAUUGUACAUGGCUUACGCAACUGGUCCUGGUGAUCAUGCCCUUCUUACGUUUGGAGCGCCUGCAGAUAUGAGGUGGAGAAAGAUCGAAUGUUCCACAAUACAUGAGAUUCAAAGCGAUGGGGUUUGCAUCAACGGUGUUGUGUACUACUUAGGUAACACCAAAGAUCCUUGGGAUGAUGAUGCUCAUGAUGAUUAUGUGAUUGUUUGCUUUGAUUUGAGGUCUGAAAAGUUCAGCUUCAUUCACGUUGAAAGGUUUUGUCGAUUGAUCAACUUUAUGGGCAAGUUAGCUUUGAUUUACUGGGAGGAUGAUUUCGACAUUUAUGAGGCUGUUAAUUAUGAGUUUAAUAUCGACAAGUAUUUGGAUGAUCAUCUCGUCGCUGAUGUCAAUAAGGAGUUGCAUGUGUGGGUUCUAGAGGAUGUAGCGAAACAGGAUUUGUCCAAACACAACUACACUUGGAGUACUGAUAACAUCUUCUUCCGUCGUCACGUUUCCAUUGCUGGAGUGACCGCUUCUGGUGAGAUUGUGUUUGCCAUGCGCAAGUAUACAUCUGGCCAACCGUUUUAUGUUUUCUACUUCAGUCCCGAGAGGAACACUCUCCAGCGUGUUGAAGUCCAAGGUUUUGGUGAAGGGUUUAAGAAUCCUUGCAGCGUUCGCACCUUUGUGAACCACGUUGAGGAUCUUCAUGUUAACGAUUUAGAGCUAUCCAAGCCAUUCCAUGCUCCACGUAGGGCUACAAAAUAUUCAGAAUCACACAAAAAAAGGAAAAGAGCAAGAAGAUAG